UCUGUCCCGCGCCCCGCCACGGCCACGCAGCUCGGCCGGCGGCCCCAGGAUGCAGGCCCCGCACAAGGAGCACCUGUACAAGCUGCUGGUGAUCGGAGACCUGGGCGUGGGGAAGACCAGCAUCAUUAAGCGCUACGUGCACCAGAACUUCUCCUCGCACUACCGGGCCACCAUCGGCGUGGACUUCGCGCUCAAGGUGCUGCACUGGGACCCGGACACCGUGGUGCGCCUGCAGCUCUGGGACAUCGCAGGUCAAGAACGAUUUGGAAACAUGACCAGGGUCUAUUACCGAGAAGCAAUGGGUGCAUUCAUUGUCUUCGAUGUCACUAGGCCGGCCACAUUUGAAGCAGUGGCAAAGUGGAAAAAUGAUUUGGACUCAAAGUUAACUCUCCCAAAUGGCAAACCAGUUUCCGUGGUUUUACUGGCUAACAAGUGUGACCAGGGGAAGGAUGUGCUCAUGAACAACGGCCUCAAGAUGGACCAGUUCUGCAAGGAGCAUGGAUUUGUAGGAUGGUUUGAAACCUCAGCAAAGGAAAACAUAAACAUUGAUGAAGCCUCCAGGUGCCUGGUGAAGCACAUCCUUGCCAGCGAAUGUGACCUCCUGGAGUCGCUAGAGCCGGACGUUGUGAAGCCGCACCUUGCCCCACCCAAGGUUGUCAGCUGCUCCAGCUGCGCCAAAUCUUAGUGGGCUCCUCUGCUGGAAUGUGCUAGAAAUGGGCCCACGACCCCAUACAUUGUGCCUCAUUUUUUACCAUUUUGGGUAAGCAUCAGAUUAAGAAAGUGUGGCAAAUCAGAGAUCUCUGCCUAAGUGUUUCCUGUAAGAGAGAAGUAGCCAAUGUCCUUUUCGUUUUAUUGCUCCAUCAGUUUUUACAAGCUUUUAAAAUAUCUGGUCUGUUACAAAAUUCUGUUGUGUUGUCCAGCAAACAUUUGUAGGGCUGAGUGAGCCCAGGCAUUUGCUCCUUUACAUCAGCAAAGGCCUUCAGACUUGAGGAGAAGAGAGACAGCAAUGAAGCUGUCGAGUGAAGCAGUGUUGUCUGCCUUGUCGCAGGGUGUCUUUGUUCAGAUUUCAUUCUGUGCAGCCCGACAGGCCUGUUAGGUAGAGAUAGUGUGUUCCUCAGAGACGCCCUCCAUUCUCUGCAGACCUGAGUGCUGCUAUGAUUCGGCUCUUCAGAGUCCUGUACACAGGCUGCCGUGCCUUCGCGGCCUUCGUCCCCACCUGCCACACCGCGAAUGCUGGGUGAACUGAACGCAGUAUGAACAGAACCGCCCCCUACCUGUGCCUCUUUGUUAGCUUUCUCCAAACCAAGCUGUGGGACUCUGCGCCACGUGUAAUAUAUAAUAUAUAUAUUUUCACAAGUGAAAAAUAAAACAUUAAAAGAUGCUGUUCCUCUA